AUGUCCACACCACGCAAAAUAACAACAAAGAGCAUCCUCCCCCCACCAGCCCGCUCAAACCCCUGGACCAAUCACCUAACCCUCGACACCCUUCUUCGCGUCCUGCGAAACACCCUAUUCAACCCAUUCCUCGCCUGGGUCCUAGUCCUCUGCCUCCGCGCCCAAGUCACACCAUCCAGCUCCCCGGCCUGGAUCCUAACCGUCAGCUAUGCAUCUGCGCUAAGCGUGCUAUUCGUCGCGCGGGGGGUGAACCACCGCGUCGCGCACGGCAUCCCGCGUACCGUCGACUCGGCGCGGGAGGUUGUGCUCGUUACCGGGGGCGCGAGUGGGUUAGGCUUAUUGAUCGCGCAGAUUUAUGGGAUGAAAGGGGCUAGUGUUGCGGUUCUUGAUAUUCGGGAUCUUGGGGAGAAUGAGGUUGUCGAGAUUUUUGGAGAGGGUGUUGGGUAUUGGAGAUGUGAUGUUGGGGAGAGGGAAGCCUUGGAACGUGUAAAGAAGAAGAUUGAGAUGGAGCUCGGAACUCCGACUAUCGUUAUCAAUUGUGCGGCGGCGAGAAUCAAUGGUGGGUCAUUGCUGGAAUUGCAAGCGGAUGCCUUUGAAAAGACUGUGCGCACCAAUCUCCUCGCUGCUUUUCAUCUCUACCAGGUCUUUUUGCCGGGUAUUGUUGAAGCGGAGAAUGGGGGCACCAUCGUCACUGUCAGCUCAGUUCUGGGCCAGUUGUCUCCGGCAGGAUUGUCAGAUUACUCUGCGAGUAAGGCGGGUCUGAGUGCGCUGCACCGAACAAUCGAAGCCGAGUUCCGUGGCAACGAUCAGAUCAAGACGUUGCUGGUGGAGGUAGGACAGAUGGCCACACCGCUGUUCGAAUGGGUCCGCACACCGAACCAUUUCUUUGCGCCAGUGCUCGAGCCAGUUGAGGUCGCCCGUGAGAUCGUUACCGCGGUGGAUAGUGGCCAGGGUGGUGUGCUCAGAUUGCCGUCAUUCGCGAAACUCGUCAAUUUUUAUGCUGUGUUGCCUGGUGCCGUGCAGCGCGUGGCGAGAUUCGUAAGUGGUGUUGACCGUGCAGUUUCUUCUGGUCUCCGUGAACGCGAUGCUACUGAUAGCAACCGUCGAGUACUCAGGAGCGCAAAGAGACGGACUGAUUGA